GCUUGGGGAGAACAACCUGGACUUCCCGGGCCAGGCUCCUGGCAGCACCGGGUUGUGGACUCCGACCCAGCACGUGGCCACCCUGCCCUUGGUUUCCCUCACUCUUGUUCCCGUCGCUGCCUCCACCAUGCUGCUUCCCAGGACUGCACUAUUCUUGACUCUUGUUUUGGCUGCUGGCUUCCUGGGUCUGAGGGCUCGGAGACCCGCCCAGCCCCUGUCCCCCAUCAGCGCCAUCCAGCCCAAGGCUGACUUCGACACUCAGCAGUUCGCAGGGACUUGGUUCCUGGCCUCUGUGGCCUCCUCCUGUCGCUUCCUGCAGGAGCAGGGCCACCGGGCUGAGGCCACGAAGCUGCACGUGGAUCCCCAGGGCACAUCCAUGGCCAUCAACACCUUCCGAAAGCUGGACGGCAUCUGCUGGCAGGUGCGGCAGCUCUACAGAAGCACGGGAGUCCCGGGCCGCUUCCUGCUACAAGCUCGAGGUGCCAGAGGGGAGGUGCAGGUGGCCGUGGGGGAGACAGACUACAGCAGCUUUGCCAUCCUGUACCUGGAGCGGGCCCGGCGGCUCUCGGUGAAGCUGUACGCCCGCUCACUCCCCGUGGACAACUUGGUGGUGGACAAGUUUGAGCAGCGGGUCCAGCAGGCCAAUCUGACCGAGGACCACAUUUUGUAUUUCCCCAAAUAUGGUUUCUGUGAGGCCGCAGACCAGUUCCACAUCCUGGAUGAGGUCGGCAGGCGAGGCCAGCAGCAGCCGGUCGGUGGCACGGAGUGAAGAUCCCCCACUGAGGCCUGCCCCUCACGCUGCCCCUCCCCCGCAGGUCCCUGGGGCACUGCCCCCAUUAAAUGCCAUCCUGCUUG